CAAUCAAGACCUGGGGACCGGCACUGUCUGGGGGCGUGGCCUCGGGGGGAAACCACCGGGAUUGCCGCGGACGUCUCAACCCGGGAAAACGCCCUCUGCGGGAAGGAAAGACAGCACGCCGCCAUGCCUCGCUCUGGGCUCCGCGUCGCCCUUCUCCUGCCACCGCUGCUGUUGCUGCGCGCUGUUCUGGCCGUACCCUUGGAGCGCGGGGCGUCCAAGGAGGAGAACCCCGCCACCGAGACCCCCGACACGGGCUUAUACUACCACCGAUACCUCCAAGAAGUCAUCAAUGUGCUGGAAACGGACGGGCACUUCCGGGAGAAGCUUCAGGCGGCCAAUGCUGAGGAUAUCAAGAGUGGGAAGCUGAGCCGGGAGCUGGACUUCGUCAGCCAUCAUGUCCGCACCAAGCUCGACGAACUCAAGCGCCAGGAGGUGUCGCGGCUGCGGAUGCUGCUCAAGGCCAAGAUGGAUGCGGAGCAGGAGCCCAACAUGCAGUUGGACCACCUGAGCCUCCUGAAGCAGUUUGAACAUCUGGACCCCCAGAACCAGCACACAUUUGAGGCGCGGGACCUGGAACUGUUGAUCCAGACGGCCACCCGGGACCUCGCCCAGUACGACGCCGCCCAUCACGAAGAGUUCAAACGCUAUGAGAUGCUCAAGGAACACGAGCGGCGCCGCUACCUGGAGUCCCUGGGCGAGGAACAGCGGAAGGAGGCAGAGAGGAAGCUGGAAGAGCAGCAGCGCCGGCACCGCGAACACCCCAAAGUCAAUGUGCCCGGCAGCCAAGCACAGCUGAAGGAGGUGUGGGAGGAGCUGGAUGGAUUGGACCCCAACAGGUUUAACCCCAAGACCUUCUUCAUACUGCAUGAUAUCAACAGUGAUGGUGUCCUGGAUGAACAAGAGCUGGAGGCCCUCUUCACCAAAGAGCUGGAGAAAGUGUAUGAUCCAAAGAAUGAAGAAGAUGACAUGCGGGAGAUGGAGGAGGAGCGACUGCGCAUGCGGGAGCAUGUGAUGAAGAACGUGGACACCAACCAGGACCGCCUAGUGACCCUGGAGGAGUUCCUGGCAUCUACUCAGAGGAAGGAGUUUGGGGACACUGGGGAGGGCUGGGAGACGGUGGAGAUGCGCCCCGCUUACACGGAGGAAGAGCUGAAGAGGUUCGAGGAGGAGCUGGCGGCACGGGAGGCAGAGCUGAAUGCCAAGGCCCAGCGCCUCAGCCAAGAGACAGAGGCUCUGGGUCGCUCCCAGGGCCGCCUAGAGGCUCAGAAGAGAGAACUACAGCAGGCCGUGCUGUACAUGGAACAGAGGAAACAGCAGCUGCAAGGCCACAGUGACUCAGCGCCCAGACCUGAUGGGCAGCUCAAGUUCCACCCUGAAACAGUUCCAGAUGAUGCUCCUGUCCCAGCCCCAGUUGGUGACCACAAAGAUGUGGACACGUCAGAGAAGAAGGUCCCAGAGCAGCCCCCCGAGCAGUCGCGGCUGGAGCCCCAGAACCUGUGAUGGCUCAUAUCCCACCACCCCCUGGGUCCUUGUAGAAGCAACUGAUGUGGGGGCGCUAAGGGUCAGGAUGAAUCCUCUAGGGCCAGCAAUCUGGGGAGCCUCUGGGACAGGGGACAGGGUGGCAGGUCACACUUGACCCAGACCCACUCUGUGCCUCGGUUUCCCCCAGGCCUGGCCCUUCUUUCUGUCCCUCUUCAAGGACCCGCCUUGUCUCAUAUCCAGUGGGGUGUUCAUUGGUCCACCUAAUGGGGGGUCACUCCUCCUUCCUGAGAGGGAUUGUUCUGUGCUUAUUUUCUGGGCUUUAGGAAGCCCCAGCUGCUGGAACCACCCCCCCCCCCUCCAGACUCUGCUUUGGCUGAUUAUGGAUCUUGGGGAUCCCUUGGAAACUUGAUACCAGUGACAACUGGAAGACCCAUGGACGGGUCCUAUCUCCUUUCGCAGUGCUGACUCUCCCCAAUUCUCUGGCCUCUUCUGCCUUGGGCCUCCUUCCUGACACCCCAGAAGGGUUCCAGAGCUUCCCCGGUGUGGCUCCAGCCCCUCAGCCUCACGUGGGCACCCUCAGGGCUGGGCCCCUGCCCUUUGGCCUUCUCCCCCACUGCCCUCCAUCCUGCUCUCCCGGUUCCCCCAAAUAUACUUUCUGGAACAAAUCUAUGCCUUGUCUGA